AUGAGUAGACUCGGCUCAUGGUUCCGCUCCACGGCGGGCAAGGUGAGCGUCAGCAGCAACCCAAGCCCGGCGGCUUCGCAGGUCAAUCUGUCCGCCAAGGAAAUGGCUGAUAUCGAGGAAGCCAUGGCUGCCGCCGGUCUCAUCAUGAACGACGACAUUGACGGCGCCGAGGAGCGCCUCCGGAAGGGAGACUCGGCAUUCCACCAGCUAGGGCUCUCCAUGACUACCUUUUUGCGUUCCGUGCUCGGCUUCGAGAAGGACGUCAUGAAUGAGGCGUCGAAACGGUUGGCCGACACCGAAGCCAAGGCUUGGGCCGAUUACAAGAAAGCCGAACGCGAGAGCUCCGACCCCGACAGCAGUCGGGUCUACCCUCCGGGCACCGAAUUUUUGCUCAUCCACGCCGAGUCGCAGCUCAUGGCGGCCGUCGUCGCCGUGCUUCACGAGAGCUUGACCGAGGCUCUCAAGGGCUUCUACAAGCUCCGCAAGGCGUUCGUAACCCUCGACGGCAUCAUGCUGCAGGAGGCCAAGGCCCUGGAAAAGGGCGACAACAAGGCCGACCCGCCACCACUGCGGACGCGGACCAGCGAAGACAAGAUGCCCGGCAGCUUCGACGACGACGAGUUCGCCGACCUGGAGCAGAAGGAGGAUAGCGAUAUCGACUUUGUCGACGCCAGCGAGGUCCCCAAGUCAGGCGCACAGACGCCUGCUUCCGCCGGCGCUGCUGCAGAGCAAAAGGUCAACGGAUCGGCGACGCAGCAGCAACAGCAGCCUCCAACCCAGGAGAUGGCCUCCCUCAGCGUGGAUUCGGGCACGUCGACGCCGCAGGACGAUGCGAAGCUCACCCCGCUUCAGGCCUCGUCCAAGAUGGCGGACGACUCCGACUCCGACUCGAGCGUCUUCACGAACCCCGUCGACGUCUUCAUCCACAGCGGCGCCAACAUGUGUUUCGGCAUGCUGCUCUUCAUGCUCAGCAUGGUUCCGCCCGCCUUCUCCCGCCUUCUGUACGUCGUCGGCUUCAGGGGCGACCGCGAGCGCGGCGUGAGGAUGCUGUGGAAGAGCACCCAGUUCGACAACCUCAACGGCGCCGUCGCCGGCCUCAUCCUGCUCGGUUACUACAACGGACUCAUGGGCCAAGCCGACAUUGUGCCCGCGGAGCGUGACUUUGACGCUGAUGCCGAGCUGGUAGGAUACCCGGCUAAGAAGUGCGCGGCACUGCUGGCGUCGAUGCGCUUGCGGUACCCAGACUCGCGCCUCUGGCGAGUCGAGGAGUCGAGAGUCGUGGCGCAGCAGCGCCGACUGGCGGACGCCAUCGAGCUGCUGACGACGGGGCCGGAAUCCAAGAUGCGACAGGUCACGGCGCUCAACAGCUUCGAGCUGGCUCUGGCCGCCAUGUCGCACCAGAACUGGGAGCUGAUGCAGAAGACGUUCCUGCGGUGCCUCGAGCUCAACGACUGGAGUCACACGCUGUACUACUACAUGGCAGGCUGCGCGGAGCUGGAGAUGUACCGCGACGCCGUCCAUGCCGAGAAGAAGGACGAGGACGAGGUGCGGAGGAGGAAGAAGAAGGUCGAGGAGUUGUUCCGCAAGGCGCCCACCGUUGCCGGCCGCAAGAAAUUCAUGGCUCGCCAGUUGCCCUUUGACGUCUUCAUCACCCGCAAGAUCCAGAAGUGGGAGGACCGGGCGAAGGAGUUCAAAGUCGAUCUGGUUGACGCCAUUGGCGCCAGCCCUGCGCAGGAGAUGGUGAAUCUGUGGAAUGGAACCAAGAGAAUGAACGACGAGGAGCUGGAAAAGUCGAUCAAGAGCUUGGAGUGGUCGCGGUGCACGGCGCCGGCCGAGGCAGUGGAGAAGAUGAAGAAGACGCCGGACGAGGCUUCAAUCCGGUCCGUCGCUCUCGCGGCGAUUUACAGGACACUCGGGCGCUUCGAGGACGGCAAGAAAAUCCUGCAGGACGAGGUUCUUAACGCGGACAAGGCGGCAUUCAAGGGUCCCACCAAGGAUGAGUACCCCAUGCCCAUGGCUCAUUACGAGAUGGGCGCCAUCGCCUGGUCCGAGGCGUGCAAGCCGGAGCUUCGGCAGCCCGCGGCUGACGAGCCGACGGACGCCGAGGCGCAGGCCAAGCUUGCCGCGGAGUACCGCAAGAAGAAGACGGUCGAGUGCCAAGAGUGGCUCGACAAGGUCGUUGCGUGGGAGGCGUUUGUCUUUGACGCGAGACUCGGAAUGCGUGUGCAGUCCGGUCUGGAGACGCUCCGUUGGUUCAAGAAGAAGAACAACUGGUCAUAG